AUUAGUGCAUUUAGUGCACCUGGUAGUUUGGUAUAAAUGGGUUAAAAGCUCAUGAUGUUGUCACUAUUUCCUGAGUAUCUCCGCUUUCAUGUAAAGGCCUUCAAGCGGGUCAAUAGUGACAUCUGGUGGUGAGAUUGUGUCACUGAACUAAGCUCAACUCCAACAAUUCAGGGAAGUUUUUUCAACCACCAAACUGUUUGGGACGAAAUGUUUUUAAGUUACAGUUUAUAUUAGUAGUUUAGUUUGUGACAAGAAGGUUUCUCUCAUGUUUUUAUUGUUUUCACAGUGAGGUUUUAGUGGUAUAUGUGCUUAAAGUUUAUUGCAGGUUGUUUCUCUCCCCUGAAGCAGAGGAGAGGCCUGGGGCCCAUGUCAACACAUGUAAAGAAGGAAAAGCCUUUUCUAAAAUAAGCCUUGAUCAACUGUAGAUAACUCUCAGCAUGGGUUGACAGCAGCGCUUGGCUCUAGAUCUGCAUAUGAAUGGGACGCAGCUCCGUAAAGCUACUGCGUAAACACUCCUUAUCACAACACCAUUAUGCGCAGUGUGGUAGGCCUGUGAGGAGAGGCUUACUGGAGGUUUCUGUGGGGAGAAGAAGGGAGCCAGACAGGCGACAGUCAGUGCUUUCUUGGCCUCGGGGCAGAGGCAGGGAGCGAGCAGACGAGCCAAUGAGAAGGAGACAUCCACUCCCUCUGUCCUGCCCGGCUCGGCUCAGCUCGGCGCGCCCUGUAAUUAGGAGCUCUAGUUGGGUUGGGCGCCGCCACGGUGGACAGCCUGGCUGCUGCGUCAAGGGAGUUUGGGAACGCCAGCUCCAGACUGCGAGUGUCUCCGAACACUCCCGGUUUAGACUUCAGAGCAAACAUCAAAGUAGCCUCAACAUGAACGGUCAACCAUCACCUGUCUUCGAGGAGAAGAAACCUUCCUUACCCGUGGCUGGGAGCUCCAUCUCGGCCACCAAGGAUUCUCCGACCCUACCCGAGUCCUCAUCCACAGACAUGGGCUUCUACAGCGGCCAGAGCGCGCUCCACGGCUCGCAGGAUUUCUACGCGGCGCAGCAGCCGUACUCAGCUCAACACAUGAACCCAUACGCGUACCACCACUACAACCUGAACGGGAUGGGUCCCGGCGGUACCUACCCUGUCGGCAAGACAGAAUACCCGUACCCGCAUGCAACAUACAGAGAGCACGGUGCGUUCAGCAGGGAGAUGCAGGCAACGCUGCAGGACGGUGUGAAAGAGGAACCAGACGUAGAGGUUCGGAUGGUCAACGGGAAGCCCAAGAAGAUACGCAAGCCCCGCACCAUUUACUCCAGCUACCAGCUGGCAGUCCUGCAGAGGAGAUUCCAGUCGGCCCAGUACCUGGCCCUGCCGGAGCGGGCCGAGUUGGCCGCACAGCUGGGGCUCACACAGACACAGGUCAAAAUUUGGUUCCAGAACCGUCGCUCCAAAUUUAAGAAGCUCUACAAAAACGGAGAGUUUCCACUUGGGGAAAUUCCUCUUGAGAACAGCCCAGACGCCAGUGAUUCUAUGGCCUGCAACUCUCCUUCAUCCCCAGCUGUGUGGGAAAACAACAACAGCAACAGUAACACCAACAACAACAGCAGCAGCACCAAUACAAACAGCGGCAGCAGCAGCAUCAAGAAUAAUGCAAUGCUGGAUCCUACCAGCAGGGGGCAGGGUCCCUAUCAGCCUCCUGUUGAUUCCUCGCCCGUCUACAUGGGGGAGUACACGCACCAGAACUGGUACCAGCAGCAGGGUGCACAUUUAGGUCUGGCACAGUCGGGCCCAACGCACCACACACCAUCAGCAGCGCCGCCAGCCACACAGAGUAUGGGAGCUGUUUACUGACUCUGAAACACUACAACGCAGUUUGACUGGAGCCCUGCACUUAAACACAGCAGGGAUUUUUUUGGAGCACUAUUGUGACCAGAAACACCUGACAGUGAUCAUCAGACACGAGUCAUGACUGUAAAACCUGACAUGAUGUGUAAAACAGGCUGUUCUACAGUAAAUAUGGAUUGAAAAAGUGCUGUCCUCACUUACCCUGUUCUCCUCAGCUCUGAAGUUUAUGAACUCGUAACAUAGAAGUUAUUUUCCAGGGCUGAGGCCAAUAGUGACAUUUUUGUUUGAAAUCACUGAUAACUGAUAAUAUUUUGUGUAAUAUUUAAUAUUUUAAACAUGACCAUAUUUAUGCCAAAAACCUCCACGGAUUCAGUCUUUCCCUUACAAUUCUCUUCUUGUCAUGGCUGGAAGGGUCUCUGACACAGCAUUAAAACACUAAAACUGAGUACUACUGAAAUUCUCCUUUAGCUUUGCAGCAAAUGAAAGCCCACCACACCAGCAUGGCAAACAUUAAGUUACGUGACUGUUUGGUGUAGCUGUGGUCAGAUACUAUGUUAAAGGUGGACAACACUUAAAGGCUGAUAAUCUGGUAAAAUACAACAUCAGUAUCAGCAGAGGGGACUAACCCUGGAGAGACACUGAAAUCAACCAUCAGAGGGUGUUUUGAACAGCAUCUAUUUUUUAAUAGCAUGAAUUGCAAAAUACAACCCUCUAAUCACUGAAUUAAAACACAUGUUUCACUGGGAAUAUGUUGUGAGAAUAAUAACAUCACGGACAUUCAAUGGACACUUUGUUUCUGUGGCUCCAGUGCAUUGUACCUGCCAUUCACAAUGUGCUGUCCAAAUCAUGUUUGCGUCCAUAUGUCAUGUUUUUGUCCAGAGGCUUUUAUUUAACUGUGGCAGAGGGUUGUGUGUGUGGAGGUGAAGCUGGGAUUAAAGGGUUACACACAACAAUGGACAAGAAUGUCAUGAAAGUUUAACUGUGGAUUUAAAGUUGAACUUUUAAUUUCAUGUUGUCUAGAUUUGGCUACAACUCAUGAUUAUUUUCAUUAUAAAUUAAACUAGCAAUUUUUUUCUCGAUUAAUGGUUUAGUACAUAAAAUGUCAGAUCUUGUUUCAUCCGACCAACAGUCCAAAACCUGAAAAUCUUCCAUUUACAGUUAGACAA